AUGGUCAUUCUCAUAUUAGCGGCUGUUUAUCCUGAGUGCCGACUAUCGGAGAAAGGGAUGGAGUACAUCGGAUCUACGAACAUGACAGAGACUGGAAAAUCAUGCCUCAUGUGGGAUUCCAAAAAUGUGACUUCUUCCUAUGAAGACAUUGAUGCAGGAUUCAAUAGAGUCUUGUUCUACGAGGAGCACUUCAUAAACCAGGACCCAUCCUUGCACAAAAACUUCUGCCGAAACCCGACAGGGUUGGAUAGGCCGUGGUGCUUUGUGGACGAUAAUGGCGUGAAGAUGGAGUUCUGCCGGAUUCAUCACUGCGGUGAUUUCAGUGAGAAAUUAUCAUCUGAUCUAUUUCAUUAUUCUGGACUCCGGGAAUGUGGGGAGGACGUUGGAAGUACAUUCCCUGGGGCACCCAAUGCGAAGGGAUAUUUUUUCACAGAUAAACAGGGUGGGCCAAAAGUUGUUGCCCCUGUAUAA